CGCGUGAGGUCGCUUUCAUUGGUUCUUUAGUAACCUUACGUAUUUUAGCUGGGAAGUGUGGUUGCACCGUAUAAGAUCUGGCUGAAAGGCCUCAUCACAACUCAAGGUCACAGAAAUUACAUAUGUUUCUUGGGGAGGCAGCUGCAUAGUCCGCUGUACUUCUGCACUGCGGUUUUACCCAGAUUCUGUUAUAAUUCUGCUUAACAACUCUGUUUGGACACCACAUAUCGAUUAAAAUUGUUUUGCAGGUUUCUAUAAUUCAAUAGCUGUCUUGGAGCCAUGGAGAUGCCAUCAUAUUACUCCAAGCUCCUUGGAGAGUUGAAUGAGCAGCGGAAAAGAGAUUUCUUUUGCGACUGCAGCAUCAUUGUGGAAGGUCGAAUAUUUAAAGCCCAUAGAAAUGUUCUGUUUGCCAACAGUGGGUAUUUCCGGGCAAUGCUAGUCCACUAUAUUCAAGACAGUGGAAGACACAGCACAGCUUCCUUAGACAUUGUUACAUCUGAGGCCUUUUCAACCAUCUUGGAUUUCCUAUACUCAGGAAAGCUAAACCUGUGUGGGGAGAAUGUCAUUGAAGUUAUGAGUGCGGCAAGCUACCUCCAGAUGACUGACGUGGUUAACUUCUGUAAGGCAUACAUACGAUCUUCACUUGACAUCUGCAGGAAAAUAGAAAGGGAGAGUUCCUUUGGACAAGCUGAUAGCGGUAGUGAUGGUCCAAGCAGUGGAAGAGGUGCAGUUCAAUCGGGGCCAGAGAAAACAGCUCAGGAAGAUUGUCAGAAGGAUCCCCCAUGUGGGGACUGUAGUAGCUGCAACUCUGUAGAAAUGGUGGCAAAGAAUCCUACGAGUGUCGCCUCCCCUGGAGAAAAAAGUCCUACUAAAGUAAUGGAACCCAAAGAAGAGUUUGACUCUGAUGUGGUGGAAGUAACAGAAGGUCAACCAUAUCCAAUGCAGCAAGGUCUGGAGCAAGGAGAAGAAAGUCCACAAGGCGGCCCUGGAAUGGACAUAUCAUGUAAUAAUUAUCACAUGAAGCAAUUUUUAGAGGCACUUUUGCGUAAUAGCUCCUCCCAGAGGAAAGAGGACAGCGUACAUCAUUUUCCUCGUGACUUUGAGUCCCGGCAAGAAGAAGCAAGUGUCCCAAUGAGCUCCAUGAUGGAUAUUCAAGGUGACUGGUAUGGUGAGGAUACAGGGGAUGUUUUAGUUGUACCAAUCAAACUACACAAGUGCCCUUUCUGUCCAUAUACGGCCAAGCAAAAGGGCAUUUUGAAGCGUCACAUUCGUUCGCACACAGGAGAGCGUCCAUAUCCUUGUGAAAUUUGUGGAAAAAGGUUUACACGUCAGGAGCACCUGCGCAGUCAUUCACUUACAGUUCAUCGCUCCAACCGUCCCAUUAUCUGUAAAGGUUGUCGUCGUACUUUUACAAGCAGUUUGUCUCCUGGUUUAAGGCGUUUUGGCUUGUGUGACAGUUGUACAUGUGUCACGACUACAAAUGAUGACUCGCAGCACCAAAGCCACGCAGAGGCUGCAUCAGAGAGCAUGGACAAGGACGAGGGGGAUGGAGACUGGCCAAUAUACAUUGAGUCUGGUGAUGAAAAUGAUGUGGCUGGUGAUGAUGAGGAUGUUGAAGAUAAAGAACAAAUACACAGGGAGGUACUCAUGUGA